GCCUCCGCUGGGAGCGGAGAGCCAGAGCGAGCGACUUUGUCCUAGAGCCUGAGAUUUCGCCACAACCGCGCCCGAGCCCGAGCCCCGCCGCAGCCCGAGCCCCAGCCCGAGCCGCAGCACAGCCCCCCGCCCAGUCCUGCGUCUCCCGGCGACCCUCCGCGCUUCUCCAGGCCCUGUGCCUGCCCCCGCGGCCCCUCGCCCGAUGAAACUAGCCGCGAUGAUCAAGAAGAUGUGCCCGAGCGACUCGGAGCUGAGCAUACCCGCCAAGAACUGCUACCGCAUGGUCAUCCUCGGCUCGUCCAAGGUGGGCAAGUCGGCCAUCGUGUCGCGCUUCCUCAGUGGCCGCUUUGAGGACGCCUACACGCCCACCAUCGAGGACUUCCACCGCAAAUUCUACUCUAUCCGCGGCGAGGUUUACCAGCUCGACAUCCUCGACACGUCCGGCAACCACCCGUUCCCCGCCAUGCGGCGCCUCUCCAUCCUCACUGGAGACGUUUUCAUCCUGGUGUUCAGCCUGGACAACCGCGACUCCUUCGAGGAGGUGCAGAGGCUCAAGCAGCAGAUCCUCGACACCAAGUCUUGCCUCAAGAACAAAACCAAGGAGAACGUGGACGUGCCCCUGGUCAUCUGCGGCAAUAAGGGUGACCGGGACUUCUACCGCGAGGUGGAGCAUCGCGAGAUCCAGCAGCUGGUGGGCGACGACCCCCAGCGCUGCGCCUACUUCGAGAUCUCCGCCAAAAGGAACAGCAGCCUGGACCAGAUGUUCCGGGCCCUCUUCGCCAUGGCCAAACUGCCGAGCGAGAUGAGCCCGGACCUGCACCGCAAGGUGUCCGUGCAGUACUGCGACGUGCUGCACAAGAAGGCGCUGCGGAACAAGAAGCUGCUGCGAGCCGGCAGCGGCGGCGGCGACCCCGGGGACGCCUUCGGCAUCGUGGCCCCCUUCGCGCGCAGACCCAGCGUGCACAGCGACCUCAUGUACAUCCGUGAGAAGGCCAGCGGGGGCAGCCAGGCCAAGGACAAGGAGCGCUGCGUCAUCAGCUAGGAGCCCUCCCCCACGCCCUACGCCUGCGACAGAACCUAAGGAGGACCUUUUUGUUUAAGUCAAAGAUGAAGUCCGGGCCGGCCCUGUGCUUGCGCCCCAGGCCACUUCAGCGCGCGGACUAGCGUCUUCCCUCCCCGCCACCUGGGCCUCACCAACUGGGGAGGUGAAAACGAACGGAGAAGGGACAGUCAACUGCUCUGGAAGGAAAGAGAACUGGCUAAUGCGGGGAUUGCCCCCGUCUAAUUGCCCACUGGGGCCAGCCUCCCCUGUGACUUGGAGUGGAGGGGCACGGGGCCAGCAGAGGUGGAUCUGUCUUGUUUCUCAUGAAGCCCUGAGAAGGGGGUGGUGUGGAAGUCAGUCAGCCACUGUUCGGCUCUGGGAAACCCAUCCUGCCCACUGGAGGCUUAAGACAAAUAGGGCAUUAUCUUGUCUGUGAUUCUGAGUUGCCAUGACAGCUGGCAAAAGCCUCUGCGCUCCUAAAACUAAGGGGGUGCGGGUCAAAUCAUAACCACGUGACUUGUUUACAUAUGUGUGUGUGUGUGUGAAAUUGCACAAAGGAAAAACAAAACGUAAAACUUGCACUUUAACAGUAGUUCUGACGUCAUCAUGAACAUGAACAAAAUCUUAUCCAGGUGUUAAUACUGUGUGUGACAGUCUAAAGUUAUUGUUGUUGUUUUUUUAAUAUAAAAUAAUUUAAAAUGGAAAA